ACUGGGAGUUUAUAUAUGGAGUGUGCAAAUCUUUUUAUUUUUUAUAGUUUAUUGAAUUAAUCAAUCAAAACAAAGGUGUUGACAUACUGUGUGAUUAACCUUUACAUUACAGAUGCAAAGUCCUACACAAUGCAACCCUGCACAAAGCAAGUUCAGUUCUAUUAUUCAAUCGCAGUUGUCUAGUUUUUUUUAAACAAUAUGACCUGCUUCGAAAACAUCUAGUCCCAUCAUAGCCCAUAUAAAACUGUUUAACAGAUUAUUUAUUUCUAUGUCAUACCCUACAACUAGGGUCUGAAGUUUUACCUGGUUUGGUAGCCUACCAGAUCUGGAACCACCAGUCUGGGACCUGUGGUGUCACCCCUGAAAUCACCACACACUGUUACAAAUGUAGAAACAUUUCCUAUAAGUAUGGUCUACUAUCUCAAAAUUUCGACUUUAGUACCUACUUUUUUUUAGAUAGUAUCGUGACAUUUCUUUGAUAGUAUCGACAUUUUGUCCCAUGGAGGGAUUGGGCUUCCAUACCCUUUGUGUACACCUACACCACUACUACGCACAGUAGAGCUGUGCACUUCCCGUGAUUAUUUCCGUUCAGGUCUACUUAUCUAAUUUCUUUGUUAACAAUAGUAAUAGCAUGUUAUAUGUUCUUAAAUGCAUGCCUAUGCCUUCUUACUCAAUCAAGAGACACCAAAUUACCCAGUUGUUGAAUAAAUAAAUACAUUUGCCCAAUCAAAAGUUCUGAAAUCUGCCUAAAAUGGCGCUGAGUGUGCAGUGAAAAGAUGAUGCUGCCUUUGCCCCAUCCACGAGAAGCUUGGCAUUAAUUUGAUCCUAAUGAGAUCGGCUGAAAAAAAUGUACAGAGCGGAACUGAAAGUACUAUUCGCUAUAGUGCAGUGGCAUCAUACACGCGUUGUACAUUUAUUUGGUCCUGUCAUGUUUUGCUUCCGUGUGGGAACAACGCUCUUGUGCCUUCAUUGGUUAAGAUUUACAUGUUGACAUUUCUGUGUGAAAUGGGGAAAAAUACUGAACCGUCGGUAGCUAUAUAGUUGGUCAAAUAAAAAUUACAAUUAAAAAACUUGCAGCUAGCUAGCUACACUAGAACAUGUCAAUACGUUUGUACGUUAUAUAUAUAUAUGUCUGUAUGUUUGCGUUUGAUGGCAUGCUUUUUUUGAUUUAGUAAGUAGCUAAGUAGCUAGCUAGCUAACAAAAUGUUAACCAGGCUUGGAGUUUUUGGUUAUAUGAACAUUGUCAAAACACUUUGCACUCGUACAAAUAGGUACCUUCAAGGCUUCGCCUCAGAUAAUGAUAUAAAGAAAUUUAUUAUAGAAAACACUGAGAUAGUAAGAAAGCAUAACUUGACCCCAGAAAUCCAUUUGAGACUGUUCACCCCAAAUUGUCGGUUUUGGCAUGCAAGACCAGAACUGUGGCCUUUCUCUGACCCAUUCUGGGCAAUAUACUGGCCAGGGGGACAAGCACUCGCCAGGUAUCUAUUGAGUAACCCUGGAGUGUCACAGGGCAAGAGAGUGUUAGAUCUGGGGUGCGGCUGUGGAGCCUCUGCUAUAGCUGCCAAGUUCUGCGGUGCUUCUCAUGUAGUAGCCAAUGACAUCGACCCUGUUGCAGCCAUCGCGACCCAGCUGAACUGUGAGCUGAAUGGCCUGAACCCCCUCCCUUGUGAUACGGAGAAUGUGAUUAGUUCAGAGCCCGAGGAAUAUGACCUCAUCCUCCUGGGAGACAUGUUCUAUGAGGAGGCAUUGGCGGACAGCCUUCACAGCUGGUUAAACUGCUGCAUCCAGACCCACGGGACACAGGUCCUGAUAGGAGACCCGGGGAGGGCCCAGUUUGAAGGACACGGCAUCAGGAGGCUCCUGCGUCAGGAGGCUCAGUUUGAACUGCCUAAAGCUGUCAGAGAGGAGAACUAUGGACUGACCUGCAGCACUGUGUGGCGCUACCUGCCUGAACUCUGACAGACAUUUUUCACAAACCCAUAUUUGUAUGUGCUUUAGAGCACUCCUUCAACUGUUGUUGUUCGUGACACUUGACAUAUGUGCCUGGCAUUGACUCAAUUAAAACUUGUCAAUCUUCUUUGCCAUGAAGUCAAAUGUACUGUUGUUAAACAAACACCUCUUUUGACAUCUCAAACCUAAGCAUAUCUAUUUUAUUCAAAACCCAGCAAUAAUGCCACAGUAGUAUGGGGUGUUGUCUCAACAACUAAGUUGUACACAGAUCUAUGAUUUGAAAAUGACAAGUAACAAAUGUAAAACAGUACAUAUUUCAAAUGCAAUCAAUCACAUCUGUGUUAACAAUAAAGCAUGUAAACUUAAACUGCAGUCAGACUGCAAUCCAAUGACCUAACAGUAGGGGGCAUCCACACUCCUUACUAUCAUUCAUGACAUGUCCUGAUUUAGCCACUACCUCCUGACCCUGAGUUGGCUCUAUAAAAAUUAUACUCCAUAUUUAUUCAUCUGGCAGAUAAACACGCCCUUUUUAAAUAAUUCAUAGUCAAAUAUAGAUUAAACCCUUGGUUUUGUUUGGAAUUAUUUGAGCUCAUUCAGAGGAGAAAUCAGGCUUGGGCCAAAGCAAGGAAACUGACUCUGUAGUGGACUGGCAAUCCUUCAGACAAUUGAGAAACAGAUGUACUAUCUUGUUUAAGAAAGCUAAAUCAAGCAACUUUUUAAGCUCUUAUUUUGGAAAACAGAAAAUGCACUGAAGCGUACAAAUUGCUCUUCCUCCCUGCCUUAUCAAGUUCUGCCUGACUGGCAUAACUGAGAAGAAUGUGAUAAGUGAUGCUUUUAAUCAUAAUUUUAUCUAGGCAUGCUUUUUAUUUGAGAGAAACGGUGGUAUAGUUGACCCUGGUCAGUCAAUCAUCUGCUCUUCCCUCUGCCAGACUCUAGCUGACUCAACAGUUAAUCUGUCAACUUCUAGGGAAUCUUUGUUUUAAUUUCAACAAUUUACUAUCUGUUAUGUGCUAGAUGCCUUGCUUAAGAUUGAUGUAAAAUAAAUCCUCUGGCGCUGA